GAGGCGGAGCACGCGCGGAAGGCUCCAGUCCGGGGCUCUUCCCGGCUCCCGUGGAGACUGAUUCCUGCCACUCCUCGCAUCCCCUCGCUCGCUCCCAGUUCGAACCCUGACCCCCCCACCACCACCGCCGCAAUGCUGCCUGCAGGUUCCACCAAGUUCCAGGCUCCCUCUGCAAUGAAGCCAGUGAGAGGUCGAGGCGGCUUGCCGGCCGCGCUGUCGUCGGGGCCCAGGUCCCGCGUCUUCGCCGCCGCCGCCCCUGCAGGCGGACAGAAGCUCACGCACCCGGGCAAAGCGAUCCUGGCCGGUGGGAUUGCCGGAGGAAUUGAAAUCUGCAUCACAUUUCCGACCGAAUACGUGAAAACGCAGCUGCAGCUCGACGAAAAAGCAAACCCACCACGCUACAAAGGCAUUGGCGAUUGCGUUUCUCAGACAGUGCGGGAUCAUGGGAUCAAAGGCCUCUACCGCGGCCUCAGCUCGCUGGUCUAUGGCUCCAUACCCAAGUCUGCAGUCAGGUUUGGAAUGUUUGAAUUCCUUAGCAAUCACAUGCGGGAUGACCAGGGCAAGCUGAACAGCACACGUGGCCUCCUGUGUGGGCUGGGAGCCGGCGUGGCCGAGGCUGUACUGGUCGUGUGCCCCAUGGAGACCAUCAAGGUGAAGUUCAUUCAUGAUCAGUGCUCUAGUAAUCCCCAAUACCGUGGCUUUUUCCAUGGCGUGCGAGAGAUCGUGCGGCAACAGGGAAUAAAGGGGACGUACCAAGGUCUCACUGCCACCGUGCUCAAGCAAGGCUCAAACCAGGCCAUCCGAUUUUUUGUCAUGACGUCACUCAGGAACUGGUAUAAAGGUGACAACCCCAACAAGGAGAUCAACCCCAUCGUUACCGGCGCAUUUGGUGCCACUGCCGGGGCGGCCAGUGUCUUCGGCAACACGCCACUCGACGUCAUCAAGACUCGCAUGCAGGGACUGCAAGCUCACAAAUACAGAAGCACGUACGACUGUGCUUACCAGAUCUUCAAGUACGAAGGUCCCAGGGCGUUUUUCAAAGGCACGGUGCCGCGUUUGGGCCGCGUCUGUCUCGAUGUCGCGAUCGUUUUCAUCAUCUACGAGGAGGUGGUGAAAGCUCUCAACAAGGUGUGGAAGACCGAUUAGGAAGCCUUUCAAGGUCCGCUUCGGGGACGAGCCUUCUUGAGGACCACGUGGCGAUUCCUGUCGGGGACAUUUGAAAACGCAUUACGAGUUGUGUAAAUGUCCCGUAUGUUUACACAAGAUAAGAACGUGACUUAUCCGAGUGGCUUCUAUAUCGUCAACUGCCAGACAUGGGUACAGGUGCUUAUUUCACUUUGAUUCGACUUGCACUUUCAAGACAUACCAUGCAAUUGUUAUCCCCCACUCUCUUUGGGUUUGUAUAAUUCUAUUGGACCCAUGGGAAGAAAAAAAAAAUAGCUGUGCAUUUGGAAAGAAAACUGGAGAAUAUUAUGGAAUGUGUAGGUCUGGAAGGACAAGUUGAAGUGUCAUCAAAGUGAUAUUGUACUAAGAGCCCUCUCCUGGCCUUUUUGAGUAACAAUAUUUAAAGAGUGAAUUGCACUGUGAUGCGCAUUUGCCAAGCUUCAUAACAUACCGUGAUGUAAUUUUACUGGAAAUAUUGUACCAAUGAUAUUUUUGUUGACACGUGAAACAAAAAAACACGUCAUUUUUUUUUUGGGUGGGGGGGGGGGACUAAACAAAAUAAGAUUGUUUACCAAUUAGGUUUUUACAUCGUUUUGAAUAUUACGUUUUUUGUUGUAUUUGGAUGAGUAACCGAUAACGUGUCUGUUUUAAACAUGUUUGUUUCAAUAUGACCUUUGAAUUAAGGACAGACAACGCAAUGGUAAUUUAAGAACAGAUAAAUAUGCAAUUAAUACGUUCAGAAGGAACUGCAAUACGGUUUUCAAACAAUUUAACAUCAACUUUUUUUUUUUUUACAUUUCAUAUCUGGGUUAGUAAUGCCAUUUCACGAUACAUCAGGACAAUUGCCUCCCCUUUGUUAUCAAGCAUGUGGAAUUUCUUUGACAAGGUAAGGGAUGGGGGCGUCCUUAGAGAAACCCACAACAUCUUAUUGUGCAGAAAGACGGCUUUUGUUGAGAGUAGGCAGAUUAAGUGGAAGAAAAAAAGUGAUUCAUCAACUUCAUUUGUGCAGCCAUUUGCAGGGAGAUGAUAGAUAAAUAAAUGGUCCAAUGAAGCUAACGUGGGUAAUCUUACAAACAAAAAGCUGGCGAUUAUCAACUUUUUCCAGGACACCCCUCAGAUACAGGGAGGAAUUGUACCCUUGAUGUCAGAGCCACAUUACAAUGAAGGAAAUGAUUUCGACAUUAAUCACUAUGUUAACAUAAUACGGUAAAACCUUGGAUCGCGAGCAUAAUUCGUUCCGGAAACGUAUUUGUAAUCCAAAGCACUCGUAUAUCAAAGCACUCGUACAUCAGUUGUGAUCACGUGACGCUCGGCAGACAAAGCGUAUACGUGCUACUCGUAUUGC